GAGAUGCGAUGCCUUGUUACUCCUUGGCUUCUGCGCCUUUGCUGUGUUUCAGCCUGUAAGCGGAUCAUCCGUGUCUGUACCAGCAAUUUCCGAAGAAAAUGAGCUUGAAGCGCCUUAUAUAUCGAUAUAUAUGUGUUUUUUGCCACGAAAAGGGUCCAUUUUCGGAGUUCAGAGGUCUUCGUUAUAUAACAGGCGAUACAGUUUUGCGCCUGAAACUGAGUAAGGUUUUCGCAUUACGUGUCUAUUGUGAAACGCUUUAGAAGUCAUUUAUAAUCUUUUUUUUUGCAGUUUAAAAAGAACAACAGGCCGGGCAUGCGUGUUUUAUGUAACGUUGUAUAUUCGGGUUUUUAUUUUUAAUCAGAAGUAACUUUUGUGGAUGCAGACUAUAAGUUUAUAGUAGUAAAGUAAUUUGACACAUUGUAUACAUGUGUUUAUGAUGAGAGGGUUUAAGGGAUUGAAAUAUAACUGUAACACAACUGUGGUUUACCAUAAGUUAUUAGCGGAUAAAUUCACGUGUGAGGGAGUGAAUUUUUCUUUAACACUUAUCAGUUUUGAACACACGGUGCGCAGUGACUUUUGCUUCACAGUCAGUUGUUUACACACAAAGUCAACUUUUUUGAAGAGUACAGGACAUUUCGUAGGACAGAGGCGUUUUAAGACGUAUGAAAUACACACCCCGAUCAACAAAUUUGUGUUCUGGAGACCAAAAGGGAUGACGAUGAUAUUUACAGUCCAGAGAUGAAAAGACUAAGGCGUAUGUGAAGAUGUCGAUGACACUCGCCAAAACAUGGGCUUUCAGACUGUUGCCGGUGGUUCUGUUCGUCAUCUCCUAUUACUACUAUUCAUACUUUGUCCUCCAGGGUGCCGGAGUGACGGCAAAGUCUACAGCUCUCGCUGUCAGCCCAUGUGGAAGCAGUCACUCGUCAAAGAAAUGGGCAGGGCUUGACUUCAACGUCACUCGCAAUAGCACACUCUUUCUGAAGCUGGAAGAUUACUUUUGGCAUGAAAGAUCAUCGCCUCUGUCGUUACCCUACGGCAUGAAGGGCAGUGAGUUCCUACUCCUUAAGGUCUUAGCAGUAACUGCCAGUUAUGAAAUGCCAGAGAGCAUCAGCAAGCUGGACUGCAGGACCUGUAUUGUUGUCGGUAAUGGAUACACGAUCAAAAACAGCUCAUUAGGAUCUAUUAUAAACACAUAUGAUGUUGUAAUCAGGUUGAACGAUGCCCCCGUCAGGGGGUACGAGGCCGACGUGGGCAGUAAGACGACGCUGCGUCUCUUCUACCCCGAGUCGGCCUCCCACCAACCUGCGCUUCACAAUAACCCCGAUACCCUGAUGGUACUUGUUCCAUUCAAGCAGAACGACUUGCGAUGGCUGAAGGAGAUCCUCUACGACGAGAAGAGGGUGAGGAAAGGUUUCUGGAAGCCCCCCCCCCAGAUAUGGCAAGGCAAAAGCAGCCAUAUUCGCAUCCUGGACCCUUACUUCCUAAGGCAGACAGCAAGCAAGUUGCUAAAGAUUCCCCUCCUGCCAAAGUGGAGUCAGAGAUCCAUCCACCCCACGACAGGGAUACUAGCCAUAUAUAUGGCGUUGAGCUACUGUGACGUCGUUCACAUCACAGGCUUUGGGUAUCCCCUCUCCAAGAACCAGAAGGACCCGAUACACUACUAUGGAUCGGACACAAUGACAGCCAUGAAGAAUUCCUACCACGACCUGUCUCACGAAGCCCAGGCCCUAAAGAGGCUGGAGAAAUCUGGUGCUAUACAGUAUCUGCUCCCUCAGUCAUGACCUCGCUGUCUCUACAUUCUGUAGCCUUGUCUGGUAAUGACAUCUGAUCAAAGAUCGAAGAACCUACGUGGGAUUGCGAAGCUUGGGAAGUUCUGCGAUGAGCCCCUUGUUCUGCUCAACAAAUUGUCCGAAGGAACAUUUUCUGCAAUCGGAUGCUUUCUUUUGAAUGGAUGCCAAAGUUACAGUCCCAACUGUGGUCACCAGGGGGCAUUAUUAGGGAGGCCUACUCCAUUUGGAGUUGCUGAAAUACUGCACAGAAAGUCAGAGAAGGUGGAAAUGAACAUCAUAAAUACAGCAAUGUUUGGGGAAUAUAACAUCCGGAAAAUGUGCUACUCGGUGUCAUGUGAUCAACAAAAUUGCUGUAAUUGUUUAAACACACAAUGCACUUAAGCUUACAUACAUCAAUUUUCCAAACCGCUUAUCCUACUGGGUUGUGGGGGGUCCGGAGCCUAUCCCAGAAACAAUUUGCACAAGGCAGGGAACAACCCAGGAUCGGGGGCCAGCCCAUCGCAGGGCACACUCACACACCAUUCACACCUACAGGCAAAUUAGCAACUCCAAUUAGUCUCAGCAUUUUUUUGGACUAUGGGGGGAAACCGGAUUACCUGGAGGAAACCCCACGACGACAUGGGGAGAACAUGCAAACUCCACACACAUGUAACCCAGGCGGAGACUCGAACCCAGGUCCCAGAGGUGUGAGGCAACAGUGCUCCACCUGCCGCCCCCACUUAAGCUUUGAAUAUGAAUAAUAUUUUGCUUGAAUUUAUUCAGUUCAGCACAGCAAUAAUAUACAAUUGAAAAACUGAUCCUGCAGUAUUUUUAUCACAAGGAAGUACAAUGUUGAAAUCAUUGAUCUUAUUCUAGUUAAGGGUAUUGCAGUUUAAAAAUUACACUUUGAAGUUACAUUGAUUUUGGACAAUGUACCUGGAGGCUGUGAAUUAUGACACGUGCAAUCUCUCCUCCUGUAAGGUUAACUAUAGUAGAAUUUAAUAAACAAGAAUCGCAGAAA